GCGGGGGAGCGCCGGGCGCGCGCCAAGAUGGCGACACCCGCAGUCCCUCCCGCAGCUCCCCCCGCGCCGCAGUCCGGCAGCGCCGCGCCGGGGCCGCGCUGAGCCCGCCCGACACGAGCUGACCUGCCCGGGCCGCAGCACCUGGAAAGAAGCUGCUGCAGGAUGAAAAGAUGGCAGCGCGGCUGCUCGCACCACCGGGCCCCGAGAGCUUCAAGCCCUUCACGCCGGAGUCGCUGGCCAACAUCGAGAAGCACAUCGCUGAGAUGAAGAAGAAGCAGCGCUCCAAGCAGGACAGCAGCCACCGCGAUGACGACGAGGACAGCAAACCCAAACCCAACAGUGACCUCGAGGCGGGCAAGAAUUUGCCUUUUAUCUACGGGGACAUCCCCAAAGGGCUGGUUGCUGUGCCGCUGGAGGACUUUGACCCUUAUUAUAUGACCCAGAAAACCUUUGUAGUACUAAACCGAGGGAAAACGCUCUUCCGAUUCAGCGCCACUCCUGCCUUGUACAUUUUAAGUCCUUUUAAUCUCUUUCGAAGAAUAGCAAUUAAAAUUUUGAUACAUUCGGUGUUCAGCAUGAUCAUCAUGUGCACCAUCCUCACCAACUGCGUCUUCAUGACCCCAAAAUCCCCAAAAUCCCCCAAAUACCCAAAUCCCCCAAAUCCCUGGAAUCCCCAGAUCAGGUACACGUUCACCGGGAUUUACACCUUCGAGUCGCUGGUGAAGAUCAUCGCGCGCGGCUUCUGCAUCGACGGCUUCACCUUCCUGAGGGACCCCUGGAACUGGCUGGACUUCAGCGUCAUCAUGAUGGCAUAUGUCACAGAGUUUGUGGACCUUGGGAAUGUCUCAGCAUUGAGAACUUUCAGAGUUCUCCGAGCUUUGAAAACUAUCUCUGUCAUCCCAGGCUUGAAGACCAUCGUGGGCGCCCUGAUCCAGUCUGUGAAGAAGCUGUCGGACGUGAUGAUCCUGACAGUUUUCUGCCUCAGUGUCUUUGCCCUCAUCGGGCUCCAGCUCUUCAUGGGCAAUUUAAGGAACAAAUGUGUGAUUUGGCCAAUUAAUGUCAAUGAGACCUUCCUGGAUAACGGCUCCAAGGGCUUCGACUGGGAGGAGUACACCAACAAUAUGUCCAAUUUUUACAUCAUUCCUGGUGCCCCCGACCCUUUGCUGUGUGGUAACAGCUCAGAUGCAGGCCAAUGUCCAGAGGGAUACACGUGCAUGAAGGCAGGACGGAACCCCAACUACGGCUACACCAGCUUUGACACCUUCAGCUGGGCUUUCCUGGCUUUAUUUCGCCUUAUGACUCAGGACUUUUGGGAGAACUUGUAUCAAUUAACUUUACGAGCGGCAGGAAAAACCUACAUGAUCUUCUUUGUGCUGGUGAUCUUUGUGGGCUCCUUCUACCUGGUGAAUCUGAUUUUGGCCGUGGUGGCCAUGGCCUACGAGGAGCAGAACCAGGCGACCCUGGAGGAGGCAGAGCAGAAGGAGGCAGAAUUCAAGGCCAUGUUGGAGCAAUUGAAAAAGCAGCAGGAAGAAGCACAGGCUGCUGCCAUGGUCACCUCGGCGGGGACGGUGUCUGAGGAUGCUGUGGAGGAUGACGGUGGGGGGAGGAUGUCUCGGAGCUCCUCGGAGAUCUCCAAGCUCAGCUCCAAGAGCGCCAAGGAGCGGCGGAACAGGAGGAAGAAGAGGAAGGACAGGGAGCUGUCGGAGGGGGACGAGAAGUGCGACAACGAGAAGGUGUUCAAGUCGGAGUCGGAGGAUGGCAUGAGGAGGAAAGCGUUCAGGCUGCCCGAUAACAGGCUGGGGAGGAAAUUUUCCAUCAUGAACCAGUCUCUCCUCAGCAUCCCGGGCUCCCCGUUCCUCUCCCGCCACAACAGCAAGAGCAGCAUCUUCAGCUACAAGGGACGCUUCCGCGACCCAGGCUCGGAGAAUGAGUUCGCAGACGACGAGCACAGCACGGUGGAGGAGAGCGAGGGCAGGAGGGACUCGCUCUUCAUCCCCAUCCGCGGCCGCGACCGGCGCAGCAGCUACAGCGGCUACAGCGGCUACAGCCAGGGCAGCCGCUCCUCGCGCAUCUUCCCCGCGCUGCGCCGCAGCAUCAAGAGGAACAGCACCGUGGACUGCAACGGCGUCGUGUCCCUCAUCGGGGGGCCGCCCUCCAGCAUGCCUGGGGGCCGCAUCCUGCCCGAGGGGACCACUGAGAUUGAAAUCAGGAAGAAGCCUGGUGGGUCUCUCUUGGUCUCAAUGGAUCAGGUGAACGCGUCCUACGGAAGGAAGGAUCGCACCAACAGCGUCAUGACCGGCCUGACCAACACCCUUGUGGAGGAGCUGGAAGAGUCCCAGAGGAAGUGUCCCCCUUGCUGGUACAAAUUUGCCAACACCUUCCUGAUCUGGGAAUGCCACCCGUACUGGAUGAAGCUGAAGGAGAUCGUGAACUUAAUUGUCAUGGAUCCUUUUGUUGACUUGGCCAUCACCAUCUGCAUCGUGCUGAACACGCUGUUCAUGGCCAUGGAGCACCACCCCAUGACCCCCGAGUUCGAGCACGUGCUCUCCGUAGGAAACCUGGUUUUCACUGGGAUUUUCACGGCAGAAAUGUUCCUGAAGCUCAUUGCAAUGGAUCCGUACUAUUAUUUUCAAGAAGGCUGGAACAUCUUUGAUGGGUUUAUUGUCUCCCUGAGCUUGAUGGAGCUGAGUCUGGCAGAUGUGGAGGGACUUUCCGUGCUGCGAUCUUUCCGAUUGCUGAGAGUCUUCAAACUGGCCAAAUCCUGGCCCACUCUGAACAUGCUGAUCAAAAUCAUUGGUAACUCAGUGGGUGCCUUGGGGAAUUUGACCUUGGUGCUGGCCAUCAUCGUGUUCAUCUUCGCCGUGGUGGGGAUGCAGCUCUUCGGCAAAAGCUACAAGGAGUGUGUCUGCAAGAUCAAUCCGGAGUGUGAGCUACCCCGCUGGCACAUGCACGAUUUCUUCCACUCCUUCCUUAUUGUCUUCCGUGUGUUGUGUGGGGAGUGGAUUGAGACCAUGUGGGAUUGUAUGGAAGUGGCAGGACAGGCCAUGUGCUUGAUUGUCUUCAUGAUGGUCAUGGUCAUCGGAAAUUUGGUGGUGCUGAACCUGUUCUUGGCCUUGCUGCUGAGCUCCUUCAGCGCCGACAACCUGGCGGCCACGGACGACGACGGCGAGAUGAACAACCUGCAGAUCUCGGUGAUCCGCAUCAAGAAGGGCAUCGCCUGGACCAAGGCCAAGGUCCGGGAGUUCAUGCAGGCCCACUUCAAGCAGAGGGAGGCCGACGAGGUGAAGCCCUUGGACGAGCUCUACGACAAGAAGGUCAACUGCAUCGCCAACCACACCGGCGCCGACAUCAACCGCGACGUCGACUUCCUGAAGAACGGCAACGGCACCACCAGCGGCAUCGGGAGCAGCGUGGAGAAGUACAUCAUCGACGAGGACCACAUGUCCUUCAUCAACAACCCCAACCUGACCGUGCGCGUCCCCAUCGCCGUGGGCGAGUCCGACUUCGAGAACCUCCACACGGAGGAUUUCAGCAGCGACACCGACCCCGACGGCAGCAAGGAGAAGCUGGACGAGAGCAGCUCCUCCGAGGGCAGCACCAUCGACAUCAAGCCUGAGGUGGAAGAGGUGCCCGUGGAGGCCCCGGAGGAGUACCUGGACCCCGAUGCCUGUUUCACAGAAGGUUGCAUGCAGCGCUGCAAGUGCUGCCAGGUGAACAUCGAGGAGGGGCUGGGGAAGUCGUGGUGGACCUUGAGGAAAACGUGCUUCCUCAUCGUGGAGCACAACUGGUUCGAGACCUUCAUCAUCUUCAUGAUCCUGCUGAGCAGCGGGGCUCUGGCUUUUGAGGACAUCUACAUCGAGCAGAGGAAAACCAUCAGGACCAUCCUGGAGUACGCCGACAAGGUCUUCACCUACAUCUUCAUCCUGGAGAUGCUGCUCAAGUGGUGCGCCUACGGCUUCGUCAAGUUCUUCACCAACGCCUGGUGCUGGCUGGACUUCCUCAUCGUGGCUGUCUUUUUUUUUAGCCUUAUAGCUAAUGCCUUUUUUUUUUCGGAACUAGGUGCCAUAAAAUCCCUUAGGACCCUAAGAGCCUUGAGGCCUUUAAGAGCGUUGUCCCGAUUUGAGGGGAUGAGGGUGGUUGUCAAUGCCUUGGUUGGCGCUAUCCCUUCCAUUAUGAAUGUCUUGUUGGUCUGCCUUAUCUUCUGGCUGAUUUUCAGCAUUAUGGGGGUUAACCUGUUUGCCGGGAAAUAUCAUUACUGCUUUAAUGAAACAGCUGAGCACCGCUUUGAGAUAGAGGUUGUAAACAACAAGACAGACUGCGAGGCGCUGAUGCCGCCCAACUCCACUGAGAUCCGCUGGAAGAACGUCAAAAUUAACUUUGACAACGUCGGCGCCGGAUACCUGGCUCUGCUGCAAGUCGCUACAUUCAAGGGCUGGAUGGACAUCAUGUAUGCAGCUGUCGAUUCCAGAAAGCAAGAAGAGCAGCCCAAGUACGAGGACAACAUUUACAUGUACAUUUAUUUUGUGAUCUUCAUCAUCUUCGGGUCCUUUUUCACCCUGAACCUCUUCAUCGGCGUCAUCAUCGACAACUUCAACCAACAGAAGAAGAAGUUUGGAGGUCAGGAUAUUUUCAUGACAGAAGAGCAGAAGAAGUAUUACAACGCCAUGAAGAAACUGGGCUCCAAGAAGCCCCAAAAACCCAUCCCCCGACCUCUGAACCGCAUCCAAGGAGCCGUCUUCGACUUCGUCACCCAGCAAGCCUUCGACAUCGUCAUCAUGAUGCUCAUCUGCCUCAACAUGGUGACCAUGAUGGUGGAGACGGACACGCAGAGCAAGCAGAUGGAGGACAUCCUUUACUGGAUCAACUUCGUGUUCGUCAUCUUCUUCACCUGCGAGUGCGUGCUGAAGAUGUUCGCCUUGAGGCACUACUACUUCACCAUCGGCUGGAACAUCUUCGACUUCGUGGUGGUCAUCCUGUCCAUCGUGGGGAUGUUCCUGGCCGAGAUCAUCGAGAAGUACUUCGUGUCGCCCACGCUGUUCCGCGUGAUCCGCCUGGCGCGCAUCGGCCGCAUCCUGCGCCUCAUCAAGGGCGCCAAGGGCAUCCGCACGCUGCUCUUCGCCCUCAUGAUGUCCCUGCCCGCCCUCUUCAACAUCGGCCUCCUGCUCUUCCUCGUCAUGUUCAUCUUCUCCAUCUUCGGCAUGUCCAACUUCGCCUACGUCAAGCACGAGGCCGGCAUCGACGACAUGUUCAACUUCGAGACCUUCGGCAACAGCAUGAUCUGCCUGUUCCAGAUCACCACGUCGGCCGGGUGGGACGGGCUCCUGCUGCCCAUCCUCAACCGCCCGCCCGACUGCGACCUGGACAAGGAGCACCCCGGCAGCGGCUUCAAGGGCGACUGCGGCAACCCCUCGGUGGGGAUCUUCUUCUUCGUCAGCUACAUCAUCAUCUCCUUCCUCAUCGUGGUCAACAUGUACAUCGCCAUCAUCCUGGAGAACUUCAGCGUGGCCACGGAGGAGAGCGCGGACCCGCUCAGCGAGGACGACUUCGAGACGUUCUACGAGAUCUGGGAGAAGUUCGACCCCGACGCCACGCAGUUCAUCGAGUACAGCAAGCUGGCGGACUUCGCCGACGCCUUGGAGCACCCCUUGCGCGUGCCCAAGCCCAACACCAUCGAACUCAUCGCCAUGGACCUGCCCAUGGUCAGCGGCGACAGGAUCCACUGCUUGGACAUCCUCUUCGCCUUCACCAAGCGCGUCCUGGGGGACAGCGGCGAGCUGGACAUCCUGAGGCAGCAGAUGGAGGAGAGGUUUGUGGCUUCCAACCCUUCCAAAGUGUCCUACGAGCCCAUCACCACCACGCUGCGGCGCAAGCAGGAGGAGGUGUCGGCGGUGGUGAUCCAGAGGGCGUACCGGGCUCGUCUGGCGCGGCGCGGCUUCGGCGGCCGGAGGGCGGCCACCAAGCUGGACAACGGGGCGGCCACCAGGGAGAAGAAGGAGGGGACGCCGUCCACGGCCUCGCUGCCCUCCUACGACAGCGUCACCAAGCCCGAGAAGGAGAAGCAGCAGCGGGCGGAGGAGGGCAGGAGGGAAAAGGCAAAGAGGCAAAAGGACGCCAGGGUGGCCAAGUGUUGAGACACA